AGUUUUGUAGAGUAGAGGUGCUUGCUCUAUGGUUGCUUGUGUAUAGCAAAAGUUCGUGUUUUCUUUUCUUUCCUUUAUUCAAUAUGACAUACAAACGUAAAAAAUAUCAUCAUGGAGAUACUCACUUAAAGAAAAGAUGGAGAGUGAGAAAUAGGAAGAAGGAUCUGGAUCAAAUAGAUUCCGAUUUAAAUGAAGAAAAUGCAAAGAAGUUAUUGAAUCAAGAAGUAGAUCUAGACCUACCCGGAGCUGCCCAGCAUUAUUGUCUUCACUGUGCUCGAUAUUUCAUUGAUGAACAUUCUCUGAAUGAGCAUUUUAAAACAAAAGUUCACAAACGGAGGUUGAAGGCACUCGAAUUGGAACCUUACAGUAUAGAAGAGUCGGAGAGGGCAGCUGGCCACGGGAACUUUAAGCUCCCGUCAAAGAGGAAGAUAGUUUCACAGAAUGCAGGCAAAGAGGACGUCACUGAUAAUGAUGGUGAUGUUGUUUUAGAUGAAGUAAGUCCAAACAAAAAGAAAAAAGUUGAUGAAAAUGCUACGUAAGACUUUACUUCAUUUUAUAGUAAAUAAACCAAGGGACUGCAAAGUGUUGUCAGUGAGAAAUUCAGCUCUGUUUAUAAAUGGUGCAAAAGCAUCAGAAAAUUUCGUUUAUGUGAUUCCAUAUAUUGAUUUCCCUGAACAGAUUAAGCACAAACAUAUUAUUGAAGAUAAUUUGCUGAAAAGAAAAUCCAAUAUUGACUUAAACAAAGUGGAAAACCUCUGGUCUAUGUAUGAAGAUCUGAAACAAAGGAAAUCAGAGUAUGACAAGAAGAAAGAGGAAAUAUCUAGAGAGUUAGGAAAGUUGAUUAAGAGUGACCCAGAAGGUCAGGAGGUCAAGCGACUUAAGAUAAAAGUUGAUCUACUCAAAGACAACAUUAGAAAGUUAAAAGGACCUUUGUGGUCUGCCGAGGAGGCUGCAAUACUUGAAGUAUUGAAGAUUCCCAACACAUUGCAUCCUCAAACAUCAGAUGUAAAUAAGAUAUUGCACACCCACCUGUCUCCACCAAGUGGCAUAAAGGACCAUUUAAAUAUUGGUGCAGAUCUUGGCAUUAUUGAAUUUAAGAAAAAUGAGAAUUAUUAUUUGAAAGGUGAUGGAGCUAUAUUUGAACUUGGAGCAAUGUUCUAUUUUAACGAAGAGUUGAGAAGAAAUAAGUUUCAUCAAUUUUCGAAUCCUGAUUUUGUAAAAAGUGUCAUAGUUGAAGGAUGCGGGCUGGACCAUUCCAAUCCUGACUCCACAUUUAUUCUACACCACAAUGAGAACACUAAAGUGAACCCUGAUAGCCGAUUACAUUUGACAGGUGGUGGACACUUAUGUUCAUUUUUGGCAUAUUAUGCUAAAAAUAUUUUGUACAGCAAAGCUUUGCCUUUGAGGUAUUUUUCAAUGGGAAGACGAUAUCAACCAUCCCCCAUUAAAGAAGAUAGCUUGUUUCAUGUCAGUCAAUCUUCGGUAGUACAGGUGUUUGGUGCAGGGAAAAAUGCUGAAGAAACUGAUAUGAUUUUACAAGAAUUAAUUGAUAUAUUAAAAUCGGUUUAUAGCCAAUUGGGAUAUCACUUCAGAAUAAAUCUUGUAUCUGCAGAUAAAUUGUUCAUGUGGGAAUCGUUGCGAGUAGCUGUAGAGAUGUAUUCAACAUCGCUUAACAAAUAUGUUGAAGUUGCUAAUAUAUCGGUCAGUGGCGACUUUAUAAGCAAAAGACUAAUGUUCACAUAUGUGGAGAAUAAACAGGGUCACUUUCCUCACAUUAUUUCAGGUACAGUGUUAAAUGUACCAAAGUUUUUAGCGUGCAUUUUGGAACAGGAUGCAAACUUUGUUUUACCAGAGCAGUUUAGAGUUGAAAAUUGGAUUUGUAAUUAAAACAAUUCAAAGCAAUUGUUACUCUUCAUUUAUUUAGAUUAUGUAACAAGACUAGACAUUGAAUAAACAACAUUGUUAUAUAAAAAA